UGCGCGACAUGGAGGCGUGGACAGUAAACGUAUUUUUUGGCGGACAAACGCGCCUCAAAUGCCAGAGCUCGGGAAUGCCUUUCAAAGCGCGCUGAAAUCUUUUGAAUUUGUUAACAUACCGCGACCCUCGUAAGCCCAAUGCGCGGAUUCAGCAUGGCCCUCAUCUGCACAAAUACACCACUUCAUCGCCUGCCCGGCUAACCGGCCUGCUAACACACUCGGAUGAACGAACCGUGACUGGCAAGCAUGCAUUUAUCCUUUUUGACUAACUCUGUGCCAAAACAAAGAGAUGUUCGUUUACUGCUAGCGCUGCUUGCUUGAAUAAGCAGUAGAUACCGUCUGAACUCUUCACCGCAGCUCAAAAUGAACGGAAAAGUCCUACCAGACACUCCAAUAGCUGUAGACUGCUGGCAGCUCCGCAAGUGCCAUCACGUCCGUCUGUUCUUCUUGUCUCACAUGCACGCGGAUCACACCUCUGGCCUGUCAUCCACCUGGAGUCACAGGCCCAUAUACUGCUCUCCUCUCACUGCCAGACUGCUCCAGCGCAAACUCAAGGUCAAAGAGAAAUGGAUUCGUCCAUUGGAGAUUGGGGAAGCUCAUAUGUUGUUGCUGGAUGAUCUUGGAAAAGAACGACUGACCGUUACUCUAAUAGAUGCCAAUCACUGUCCUGGGGCAGUUAUGUUUCUCUUUGAGGGAUACUUUGGCACCAGACUCUACACUGGUGAUUUCCGUUACACCCCAUCUAUGCUCAGAGAGCAAUGUCUGAGGAAUACCACUACCAUUGAUGUGCUGUAUCUGGACAACACAAACUGUGACCCCACUCGAGCCGUACCUUCUCGUCAACGAGCCACUCAGCAAAUUAAAGAGAUCAUUAGGGCUCAUCCUGGAUAUGCUGUGGUUAUUGGUCUUUACUCUCUGGGUAAAGAGUCCCUGCUGGUGGAGCUGGCUAUGGAGUUUAAAACAUGGGUGGAGGUGCAUAGAGAGCGUCUGGAAACCUUGCGUGUUCUGGAGCUCCCUGACGUUUUCACCACUGACUCUGGUGCGGGCCGCAUUCGUGUGGUCUCUCAGUCUAUGAUCAAUGCUUCCAACCUGCAGGCGUGGAAUAAAGUGCAGCCUACCAUCGCUAUAUUGCCCACCAGCCGCCCCAUGAUCUCCUGUCACACUAAUGUGUAUGUGGUGCCUUACUCGGACCAUUCUUCCUACCAGGAGCUGGAGGACUUUGUGUCGGCCCUGCGUCCCAUCUCACUGGUGCCCAUUGUGGGCAACUGUCUGCCUUAUUUUUCUUCUCUUCUAAACCCCUGCAGAAAAAAGGCCAAAGAGGUGGUGAUUCCAGAAUCGGUCAAGCACUACAUGAUGACCAAUUCUAAUAUUCAGACCUCCACAAAUGGCAUUACAAACAUGCUUCAAAGAACCUCGCGGCCAGAGUCUCGCGGGGUGGUGUUCGAAUCUCCAGAGUCCAAAAUAAGCCGACUUAGUCACGAUGAUGGGGAUUCUGAAACAGAUCAAGACUCCGACUGCAUUCUUCUAGACAUGAGCACCAACUCCUACUCUCGAGAGAAUGGCCCACACAACAAAUGUUUGAAACCCAUCCAAGUUGCAUCAGAAGAUGUCGUCACAAUUGGCAGCAGCCUUCCAUCAGAUGACAAUGAAUCUAUUGGUACACUUACAGAUGUAAGAUCAUCUGACCACAGCUCUGUGUACGAAUGUGAGCACGAAAGUCUGACAAAGUCAUCCAAGGGGAAGAGUCCUCAAAUGGGCAGCACCAAUUCUAGAGAGAGGUGCUCUUCGAUGGACAGCAUCAGUAUUCACGACCAAACCUGUAUUACCGCUGCGCUCACACCCCCUGAAACACGAUCGGUGACCGCUGCCUUGACCUUCACAUUACAGCGAGAGCAGAUUGAGCAGUUGCUCCUUGAGAACUUCAUUAUACCUGCUGAACAACUUAAAGGUGACCAGAUGUUGUGGGGAGUUCAUGAAGAGAUUCGCCUUACUCCGGUUGAUCUUCCUAAACCAGCUGGUGAUCCUCUUGAAGCAGCUAUAAAGACAUUCAAAUCUAAAUGUGAUUAAGCAAGCACUUAAAAGUAUGCGUAAUGUUUAUGUGAAAGUUUAAUUAUGUAUCAUUGUAAUUUAGAUGUUAACAGUAUUGUGGUUAAAUCUACUAAUAAUUAACACUGGGCCGAGUACUUAUACUCUUUUUCACAUUGUUUUUCUGCAUUUCUUUUGAGCCAAAAACUGUUGGUGUUAUUGGUAAUAACUGAUGGUAUUAUUUUCACAAUGUGGAUGCUGAGGUUCAACAUGUUUUGCAUGCAUUUGUUAUCUUAUGUAGCAUCACAAAGCACCUUACUGUGUAGAUUUGUUUUCAGAUGAAAAAAAAAUCCUAUUAAAAGUGUU